GACUGGGAGCGUACAAGUCAUACGACGAGUCUCUCGAUCAGAAGCCGUGACGGGCCCAAUAUGUCUGUCUUGGAGGCUCUCGACAUCGCUAUCAAGACUGCAUCAACUCUAGAUAAAUAUCCCGCAAGACAACACGCUCAAAGAGUGGCUCAAGCCCUAGACGUUGAUCAAGGUCUCAUCUACCUGCCUGGCGAACAGACUAUCAAUUGGCCCGACAGUAAUCAACCUCGCGCUUUCAGACAACUUCGUUACUUUCUGUACCUGAGCGGAUGUCAAGAGCCGGACUGUUUUGUGACAUACGACAUCGCCACAGACAGACUGGUUCUGUGGUUGGCACCUAUCGACCCGCGAAAGGUUGUCUGGACCGGCAGAGGAUCGACUGUCCGAGAAGCGCUGGAUAAGUACGACAUUGAUGAAGCUCGAUUCACACCAUCGCUUGACCAUUAUCUUAAGAAAUGGGUCGCCAGGCAUGCAGGGUCUGUUUAUCUUCUUCAUCCUAACAAUGCCCUUGCCGAAAGCCUUCCUCAUAGAAUCAACUCAAAGAGUCUUCGACCUGCAAUGGAUGAAUGCCGAGUGAUCAAAGACUCACACGAGAUCUCCCUAGUGAGAAAAGCCAACCAUAUUAGUGCAUUGGCUCAUGAAAAGGUUCUGCGAAAACUGCGGUCGUUCAAGAACGAAGCACAGAUUGAAGCCGAGAUUCUGGACGUUUGCACUGCACAUGGGGCCAAACAUCAGGCGUAUUCUAUCAUCGCUGGGUCUGGUCCAAACGCUGCGAUCUUGCACUAUGUCAAGAACGACGAGGAUUUUGGAGAUCGACAACUGAUGUGCUUGGAUGCCGGCGCAGAGUGGCAAGGGUAUGCAGCAGAUGUCACCCGAACAUUUCCCCUUUCCGGCAAAUGGCCGUCCAAGGAGGCGAAACAGAUAUACGACUUGGUGCAGCACAUGCAGACGAAAUGUAUGGAUAUGCUUGGCCCGGGCAAGCGGUUUGUAGAUGCCCAAUAUCUCGCACACCUUGUGGCUAUCGAAGGAUUGCUCGACUUGGGCAUCUUCCAUAACGGCUCCAAGAGAGAGAUUUACGAAGCAGGUACAUCUGUUGCCUUCUUCCCACACGGUCUGGGUCAUCAUAUGGGCUUGGAAGUGCACGAUGUUUCAACGGUGCUCACAAAGAGCACUGCAACCGACGUGCACGAUAAAGUCGCUCCCGAGAUCACCCAGCAUCUGCCUGAUAUAGACAACAACACGGAACUUAGGUCACUAUCGACCAACAUUGUUCCUGCAAUGUGGAGCAGUGCCCUCAGCGAAACAAGCGCGCCUGGUUUGCGGCCCGGAAAUGUCGUGACCUGUGAGCCUGGAAUCUACUUUAACCGCGAAGCACUCGAGACGGUCUUCCUUCCCUCCCCAGUGCAUUCAGAAUACAUCAACAAAACGGUACUCGAGCGCUUCAUGCCGGUCGGCGGAGUUCGCAUUGAGGAUGAUCUUCUGAUUACCAAGGACGGGUGGGAAAACCUGACGACAGCGGCGAAGGGAGAGGCGGCGCUCAGGAUGAUCCGUGGCGAGGUCUAG